AUGGGUUCUAUCGCCAAAUCCGAGUAUACCACCUCAUUUGCCUUCUUUGAGGCAGUGGAAGAGGCCGGCAUCACCCACAUCUUCGUAAACCUUGGUUCGGAUCAUCCUUCUAUUAUCGAAGCGGUCGUCAAAGGGCAAAAUGAAAAGCAAGGAAAAUUCCCUCGGAUCAUUACCUGUCCCAAUGAGAUGGUGGCAUUAUCGAUGGCAGACGGGAUGGCUCGUCUAACUGGAAAACCACAAUGUGUGAUUGUUCAUGUCGACGUCGGCACCCAAGGUCUAGCCGCCGCCGUCCACAACGCAUCUUGCGGACGAGCACCAGUCCUCAUUUUCGCCGGAUUAUCUCCCUACACGAUCGAAGGCGAAUACCGGGGCUCACGGACAGAAUACAUCCAUUGGAUUCAAGAUGUACCGGAACAAAGACAGAUCGUGGCUCAAUACUGCCGAUACACGGCCGAGAUCAAGGGCGGAAGAAAUGUCAAGCAAAUUGUCAAUCGUGCUCUCCAAUUUGCAACCAGUGAUCCACAAGGACCAGUAUAUCUCUGCGGGGCGAGAGAAUCCAUGGAAGAGGACAUUGAGCCGUACCAUCUGGAUCAAGCUGUGUGGCAGCCCGUUGGACCCGCGGCUCUGCCACAAGAUGCCGUCAACAUGAUUUCGGGAGAAUUAGUCAAGGCCAAAGAACCUCUUCUGAUUGUGGGCUAUACUGGUCGUAACGCGAACUCGGUCGCCGCCACGGUGGCUCUGGCAGACAAAAUCCCCGGUUUGCGUGUUCUGGACACUGGAGGUUGUGAUAUGUGUUUCCCAGCAAACCACCCGGCAGCAUUGGGUCUGAGGUACGGUUCCGACCCGGCCAUCACCACCGCAGACUUCAUCCUGGUGGUUGACUGCGAUGUUCCUUGGAUUCCUACCCAGUGUAAGCCGAGGGCUGACGCCAGAAUCGUUCACAUCGACGUGGAUCCCUUGAAGCAACAAAUGCCAGUCUUUUAUAUCCCGGCUUUUGCUCGAUUCAAGGCUGAUUCUGCAACUUCAUUCACUCAGAUAAACGACUACCUUGCGUCUAAUUCCGACCUUUCGGCGGCUCUAUCGGACGAGCAACACACCACAGCACUGAAAAAGAGAGAAGAAGCAUACAACGCGCGCUGGGGCUCAUUCAAAGAGCUGGCGAAAAUCCCCGCAGAUCCUCAAAAUACUCCCAUCGACCCUCACGUCCUCGGUGGCCAGAUCAGAGCCGCCGUACCUCCUGACACGAUCUUUGCUGUCGAAGCAGUCACCCUGACCACUUUCAUCUCCGACCAGAUUGCCCCAGUCCUUCCUAAGUCAUGGAUCAACUGUGGCGGUGGUGGCCUCGGGUGGUCUGGCGGUGGUGCUUUGGGUGUCAAACUGGCCUCGGACUUCGAACACCGAGACGUCGCCUCCGGCGACCGCUUCGGCACCAACAAGGGCAAAUUUGUCUGUCAGAUCGUCGGUGACGGUACCUACAUGUUCUCCGUCCCGGGCUCCGUCUACUGGAUUGCCCAACGGUACAGUAUCCCCAUCCUGACGAUCGUGCUGAACAAUAAAGGCUGGAACGCACCCAGGCGUUCUAUGCUCCUCGUCCACCCCCACGGGGAGGGCAGCAAGGUCGACAACAAGACCUUAAAUAUCAGUUUCGAGCCCACUCCGGAUUACCCGGGGAUCGCCAAAGCAGCGACCGGUGGCCACGCCUGGGCUGGCACCGUGAGCACCGUUGCUGAAUUGUUGGAGCAAUUGCCUCAGGCGGUCGAGGCUGUCAAGGACGGUCGAUGCGCCGUGCUCGAGGUCAAGAUCGGCGCAGAGUUGACGAAAUAA